AUGAGAAUACAACGAUCACGCAUUGGUUCAACUCUGCAAUACAAAUACCCCAGAACCUUAGCAAAAACUCGUGACACCAACGGAAGCAAAAUAAUCAGAUCCGUCAGCGAUUCUAAACCCUCGAUCGAUUCGAUACGAUACGAUAGAUACGAUGGACUUCCGAGGAGCCGAGCCGACGAGGAGGCAUCAUCGGCAGCCAGACGGCGGCGUAGUCUCCGGUGCCCAAGGGCUGGCGGCGCUAUCCGCCAGCCUCGCGCGGGCCCUGGCCGACAAGCACGCAAACAGCAACCUGGUCUUCUCGCCGCUGUCCAUCUACACCGCGCUCGCGCUCGUGGCCGCCGGCGCCCGCGGCGCCACCCUGACGAGAUCCUCCGCGUCCUCGGCGUGCCAUCCCGCGGCGAGCUCGACGCGUUCGUCGCGCGCGCGGCGGGGACCGCGCUGCAGGACCAGUCGGGCUCCGGCGGCCCGGGCGUGGCGUUCGCGUGCGGCGUCUGGAGCGACAUGGCGUGCCCGCUGAAGCCCGGGUUCCGCUGGGCCGUCGUCGACGGCGCGUACGGUGCCGAGGCCUCCACCGUCAACUUCCGCGGCGACCCCGAGGGGUCGCGCCAGCUGAUCAACGCGUGGGCGGCGCGCGCCACCAACAACCUGAUCGAGUCCGUGCUCGGCUGGAACUCGGUGAACGAGAACACGCGCGUCGUGCUCGGCAACGCCAUCUACUUCAAGGGCAAGUGGGAUCAGCCCUUCCACAAGAGCGACACCGCCGACGCGUCGUUCCGCCGGGCCGGCGGCGCCGGCGCCGUCGACGUGCCCUUCAUGCAGAGCAGGAAGAGGCAGUUCGUGGCUGUGCACGAGGGGUUCAAGGUGCUCAAGCUCGAGUACAAGAUGGGGGAACACCUGCCUGCUCACAAGGUGGACGUCGGUGAGUUCAAGGUGCCCAGGUUCAAGCUCUCCUUCCACGACAGCGUCGUCGGCGUCCUCAACAAGCUGGGCCUCCGCCUGCCGUUCAGCGAGGCGGCCGACCUGUCCGACAUGACGGAGGACGACCGCUCCGGCCUCCCGCUGAUCCUUAGCGAGGUCGUCCACAUAGCGGUCAUCGAGGUGAACGAGGAGGGCACCAGGGCCGCGGCCGUCACCAUGUGUCUUAUGGAGGAGGGGUGCGCUGCCAGGCCGAGGCAACCGCCACCGGUGGUGGAUUUUGUCUCCGAUCAUCCGUUUGCCUACUUCAUUGUGGACGAGGGGACCGGCGCCGUCGUCUUCGCCGGCCAUGCCCUCGAUCCCUCGACACAAUAG